GACGUAAAGUGAUUACGGUUUUUUCGUGUUGGUUGCGGCUUCGCAGCUGCGAAAUUUCAGAUUCGUGUCUCCGGUAAUCCGGUAACCACAUCCAUGGUUACUAGCCUGUUACAUCACCUGCUUUCAGCUCUAAUCGACCCUCGACUGCUAAAGUUGAAAAGAUAAUAUAGGAGCAUAACCUAUAACCUAUUCUUCGAGAUGUAUGAAAAUGAGUGAUGCAGAGUGCUUUAAAGCAGUAUGAAUGUAGCCAAGGGUGCAUCUAACUAUGAUAAUAUUGUCUGAUAAAGAAUUAUCUGAGCAGACAGUGAAUGUUGGACAGAGGUGAGCUCGCUGACACAAAUAUGUGUCAAAACAGGAAAUCGGCACACUUCAAACACCUUAACUCAAAUGACAUUCAAAGGGAAUUUUGACACUGGUAAAACAGAAGUUACAUCAAAAACAUAAUUUUCUGUGUGAAAAAUUGUCUCAAAGAAGCCUUUUUUUCUCAGUGUUUAUCUGCAUGCUUCUAUUUUAUUUUAAACGUCUUUUAAGCAUGGUGUGUAGUAUGUCUUAUCAGUGCUUUUACAACAGAUAUGGGUGAAGGGUUCAAAUCAUUAUGUCCACAUAUUUUUCAAAACUAUUCAUAUCUUAUAAACAGAAUUCUAACUAAAACACUAAAUCCAGUGAUUGUUAUAUACAUUCAAAUAGCACAGUGUUCACGUGUGUGUAAUUUGCAAGGUAAUCAUGACGUUGGAUUUGGGUUGAAAAUACAGGACAUCACAGCACCUCCCACAAUGGGAGGUGUCUGUACAAAGUUAUUGAAAGAGAGGAGGAGCUGUGAGGCCAAAAGAAAACAGCAAAAAGAGUGUAGUAGUAGAAGAAGCAGCAUAGCAGACAAACAGAAAAGAGAGGAACACAUGAAUGAAAAAGACAUGAGUACAGAAGAAAAUCAGAGUGUGGGAGGAGAAGGAGUGGUGGACACAAAACCUGGUCAGUCUGGGUGGAAGCAAUUCCAGUGCCCCAUAGCUGAUCCACGCUUUCCUAGGGAAGAUAUAAAGGCGAUAUGGAAAGAGUGUCAGAAUGAGAGCUUCUGGUAUCGAGCUCUUCCACUCUCUGCCGGCAGCAUGGCUGUGACUGGUAGCCUCAUAUACAGCGAAAAUCAUUUGGAGUACUACAGACUGCCAAAAGUUAUAACAAAUCAAGAAGAAGAGUGCAAAAAAAAAACUGUCUGUGGAACAAAAGGUGCUUGUGGUUGGCCAAACUGAACCAGGAUUUCCAGAGCAAGAAUCUUCACAACAUUCAAGUUCGUUCUUAUAAUUUCCUGGUCAGGUAGGUGAAAUAUUAGGCUAAAAUCUUAAUUAAUACUGCUCAUAUGUAUCUUUAUUACCUAUUAACUUUAGUUUGUCAAAAUAUCGUGCCCUUCUCUAUAUGAUUUAGCAGCUAUAUAUCUCUAUAUGAUUAUUUUCGUGGUUUAGACAGCGUAAAUUAGCAGAUAAACGUAUCCAGUAGUACAUUACCGGUACAAUCCUUGCUGUUGUUUACAUCUGAGUAUCUCCAACAUGGCCGUGCAUCCAGAUAACUGACCAAAUAGUGACGUAAGUGCAAACCCUAUGUGUGCCCAGUCCACCAAAGCGUUUUUUGGCAAUUCAUUUUUAAUAAUAUUACUGAAUAUAAAAAUGUAGUAACAAGUAAUAUUAAGUUCUCCAUUGCUGUUCCAUCGUUGCAUGAAGUAGGGUAUUUUUCCCGCCGCUCCUCCACUGAUUGGAUGGCUGGGUAAAAAGUGACUGUGACAAGCGCUGUGUUUUACACUGAACAGUUGAGAAAAAAAAAUUGUAAAAUAUAAUGAGGGUUCGUUCAAACCAAGUGUCAUCAGUUUAACAAAAAGAACACAGAACCUUUUAUGCACAUUUACACAUUUCUUUUGUACCUUCCUAAAUUUGAAAAUACGAACAUUUAAUUAGUUCGAAAGUUCGUAAAAGCGGCUUUACGAACGAUUUAGACAAAAAUUAGUUCUGCUCGUGUUUCAUGAAUUAAGGCCCAAUUUGUUUUUGCUUGAGCCAGACGAUUCAAAAGACGUGAUAGGGUAAGGUCUGUUUAGCGCAUGUUUCAUAGAAAAACAAUGGGAAAGCAGUGAAGCGGAAGGCAAAAAUGCGUUCUGUGUGAAAGGUCUCUUUUUUGGAUUGACUGUAUUGAAAAGUAUAAACCAGUUUGCAUUUU